GUCAAGGUACAUAACGCCUGAGCCUGAUUACUGUAGCAGCGUAGAGCUCGUGUCAGCUUGGGAGAAGCAAGGGUAUAUUAAGGCAGCCCAAGAACUCAGGCUCACAAGUUCCGAAAGCUCAACUGAGAGCUUCACUCGACCUUUGCACGGAGGUAGCUGUGAUCGUCUGUGACGAUUUAGCUACCUUUGUCAGGUCGCAAAAAACUGCAACUUUUUGUUAAUCGGAACAAGUGAUUUGGAAAAAUGGCCACCAGUGGUUCCCAAUGGUUCCUUUGGACCGCUACAAUUCUUCUGAUAGCCGUGGUUUCACAAGGGCAGCUGACCACAGACUUCUAUGAAUCCACGUGCCCACAAGCUGCCACGAUAGUAAAGCAAAAGGUCGAUGAAAUCGUUGACGCUGAUAAGGGAAUGGCUGCAGGUCUGAUGCGCCUGCACUUUCAUGAUUGCUUCGUUCGGGGCUGCGAUGGGUCUGUGCUUCUGAAUUCGACCAAUACUACACUUGCCGAAAAAGAAGCGCUCAUAAACAAUGGCUCCCUUCGGGGAUUCGAGCAUAUCGACGAUAUAAAGAUGGAGCUAGAGUGCGCAUGCCCAGGUGUUGUGUCAUGUGCCGACAUUUUGGCCAUGGUGGCGAGGGACGCCACCGUUAAGCUCGGAGGCUUGAGCUGGCCAGUGUUUCUGGGCCGCAUCGACGGAGCAGCUUCAGUUGCAGACGAAGUCAACAGCAGUCUACCAUUCCGGACUUACAACUUCUCGCAGCUGGUUGCGACUUUCGCCAAAGUUGGACUGGACACCAAGGACAUGAUCGUCCUUUCAGGCGGGCAUUCUAUCGGACAACUGCACUGCGGCGCAUUCUUCGAGCGUUUGUGGGACUUUGAAGGUCAGAAUAUCACAGACCCAUCGAUGGACCCGGAAUUCGCUGAGUCUCUCAAGGCCCAGUGCCCUCGCGACAACCCUCUCCUCUUCAAAGGAGCCGAUUCCACGAACGCCACAUUCGACGCCGUCUACUAUUCGGACCUUCUGACCCAGAAAGGCCUCAUGGACUCCGACGUGGCGCUGAUGAGCGAUCCCUUGGGAGUGGAAUACGCCCUCAAAGCUGUGCAGGACCCGUACUCUUUCCUGUUCGAGUUUGGAAUGGCCAUGAUCAAAAUGGGCAACAUUCCAGCGAGUGAUCCUUACGGCUGGAGGAAGAAUUGUGCAGUCAUCGAGCCACGCAACUACUGAAAUUUGUAGAAAACAACGUAGAGCCCGUCUCUUCAAUGCAACCGGUAGGGUACUGCACCUCACGUGCAUUCUAUCCAAGAGAACAGGCUUCGAAUAAGACGAGUCCGAAGUUCUUUUGCAAAUUCAUGAUCUUGAUUGAAUCAGAUGUAAAUACGAUUCACAUCACUUCACAAGACAUGUAGAGUUCGGUGAGUGCAAAGUGUCGCCCAUUGGCGACAAAUACUGAUUGAUUACGUUGAGAGUAUCUAUCUCAGCCAUUUGAUAAAACAAUAAAUUUGCUGCAAUAAUCUUCGAAUCUACAAAUCUUUCCACAUG